AUGCCCUAUUCAAUCAAUGAACGUAUACAUUCUUCAAAUAAAAUGUUAGAAGCUGGUUUUAUUUAUAAUGGUCGAGGAGAUGUAACUCGUUGUAUUUUAUGUGAAUUAGAAGUAUCUCAAUGGACAUAUGAUAUGGAUCCAUUUACUAUACAUGUAGAACAAAGUCCUCAUUGUAUAUUCGUUCGUACAUUGCUAUCAUUAAAUAAUUUUCAAGCUACAACUUCUUUAAAAUCGUCACUUAACAACGAUUUCUUUCUAGAAAGACAAUUAAAACAAUGUAACAAAGAAGAAACAUGUAUCUUAUAUGAAGUAGAUAAAAUUAAAACUAUUCGUUAUCGGUCAUUUUCUUCUUGCCCUCAUCCAAUAUCAUUUCGUCGUCGAAUGUGUGAAGCUGGAUUUUUUGCUUGCAAUAUUGGUGAUCGUGUUAUUUGUAUUUAUUGUAAUCUUAUUUGUCAACAAUGGAAUAUUGAAACAGAUGAUCCAUGUAAAGUACAUCAAAUACUUUCAUCGAACUGUACAUUUGUUAAAUCUUUAUUUAAUAACUGUAAUUCAUCACAAUACAACAAUUUUCUAUCAAAAUCACCAAGUCAUAUUAAUUAUGUAGAUCCUGAAAAACGUUCAGCAUCAUUUUCUAACUGGUCGAAAAAUGAAUUUCCAUCAAUAGACAAACUAGUUGAGGCAGGUUUCUUCUACAAUGGUUCUCAAAUAACAUGUUUCUAUUGUAAUGGUACAUUAAUUAGUUGGCAAUCGAAUAAUCAUCCAAUUGCUGAACAUAUACGAUUGUUUCCAUAUUGUAAUUAUGCUAGACAAUUAUGUGGUAAAGAAUUAUAUUAUAAAAUUCAACAAGCACUAAAACAUGAUGUUGAGAUCAGUAAAUUUAAAAAUGAUCAUCAUCAUCAUCGAUUGAAUGAACUUGAUGAUGAAACACUCUUACAACUUGUUGCUGCUUCUCUUGAUUUACCGAUUUUGCAACGCUUCUUAGAAAAAAACAAAUUUGAACGAUCAAUUGUUGAAAAUUGCUUGAAAGAACAACUUCGAUACAGACAUGAUCAUCUUAUCGACAGUGGUGAUUUAUUUAUUGCAUGUGAAAUUUUCAAAAAACACGAUGAACUUAUUAAUAUAAAGAAGAAAAGUAUUAUUAUUCCGAAUAUUGCAUUGAAAGAAUUUUAUGAGAAUAAACAAAGAUCUUUUAAUGAUGAAUAUUCAUCAAUUCCUUGUUUAUGUAAUAAUUCUAAUCAAUCAUAUACUGAUAUAUUACAAUCAUUUGAAAAUGAUCUUAAAGAAUAUAGAACAAAUCAACAAAAAUUAGCUGUCGAAUUUUUUGAACAACUAAUUACAACUAUUGAACGGGAAAGAUCAUUAAAAAAUUGGUCAUCUAUAAAACCAUCACGAUAUGAUAUGACUAUAGGAGGUUUUAUCAUAUCUGAAAAAGAUGAUUAUUCAAAAUGUCCUCAUUGUCAUAUACAAUAUUACAAUUGGAAAUCUAAUGAUAAUCCUUUAAUUAUUCAUAAAUAUCUUUCACCAAAUUGUUUAUUUGUUCUUUCACAAAAUCCAUUCAAUUUAAAUCCUGUACCGAUAAAAAAAAUCGAAGAAAUUUUUACAGAUGAAGAUAUUAUCAAUGCUCAAUCACAACCAUAUACUGGUCUUGUUCAAUCAAGAUAUGGAUCCAUGUCUGUAGUAUGCCAGAGAAAACACUCAUUCGAAAGAUUUCCUGGUGGUUGUCCAACUGAUGCUCAUCAACUAGCAAUAUCUGGAUGGUACUAUACAAAUUAUGGUAGAAAUAUUAAAUGUUUCUAUUGUGAACGUUAUGCAUUUCCUUUGAAUAUCCAUCAACGAUCUCAUCCAUAUCUUAAUCUUCUACAUCGUUUUUCUUCAUGUCGUUAUAUUCGACAAUUGAAUGAAUUUGAUUCACAAUCAUCAACACGACAAGUUUCUAGUAAGUGUACAUGGUGUAUAAUUAAAGAGAAAAAACUUGUGGCAUUACCAUGUCGUCAUUUUUGUUUAUGUGAAUCAUGUGGUCAAAUCAAACGUUUAUGUCCAGUAUGUGAAAAACCUGUAACUGUAUAUGUCAUUAUCUAUUCACCUUAA